AUGCUGGCUGGGUUGCGGCAGCGGGGUGCCAUGCUGCGAGGGCUCGAGUCACUGUGUCUUGGCCGCAUCUCCGGUGCCACGCUGAGUGACCUAAUGUACAUCUCCGCAGAAAUGUUCUCAGUGGAUAUUCAUGCGCACAUCUACUCGCGCACGCCCACUCUGCCAUCGUCGUUCCCCAGUCUGCAGGAGCUCUACUACGAUGAUUCGCAUGGCGUUCCGCGCGAAGAGUGGCAUGCGCCCUUGUUUGAUACCCUCAUUAAAUACUCAGGCCAUGAGCUGCGCUACUUGGCCUUCCCCAUCGUUUACAACACACAGCGCACAGUGAGCAGCACAAAUUGCCCGCGCUUGGUCGAGUUGAGGCACAUAAAGUGCUGCUGGGCGACCGGUGCAUGGAGCUCUGAGCAAAUCGACAGCGACUCGACCCGGGUUCUCCGAGCCAUUGGGUCGAUUGCCACGCUGAAAAAGUACGUGCACCCGUCGUAUAUUGCUCGCUUGUCGGCGAUUCCUGAUGUGAUGGAGUGCCGCGGACUGCGAUAUUUGAAUCUGUUUGGCUGGCCGCUGACUGUGGCGGAUCUCGCCUGGGUGGUGCAGACGUUUCUGAGCUCACUGUGCUGCGAGUGA